GAACGACCGCGGCCGCCGCGACCUCCCCUUUAAAGGAGGGCGGGCUCUGCAGCGGCAACUCCUCCCUGCGCAAAGAGACCAAAACAACCGUUUCAGGCCCGCUUGGGGCUCGGCUGAUGGCUCCGGCCGGGAAGUUCCGCGUUGUGCAGCACGAAGGACAGCGGUUCCUCUGCUUUUGCAGCGAAAACUCCGUCCCCAGGCUCCAUGUCACAAAUGCUUGCGAGUUCUGGAGCUGUGAUGUUGCUUUGGAUAAACUGGACAGACAGGUAUCUCAGAGUGGGCUGAAUUCUUCGUGUGAUGACAGUAUUGUUAAAUUCAGAGAAGCCUUUGAGUAUCAAACUCCUGCACUGACCAUACAUGACAGCAAGGCCACCUUGCAGUUCCAAGACAGCAGACAAACUUUGACCUUUGACUUGUUCAAAGUCUCUCUCUCUGAAGCGAGGAAACUAGCUCAGGAUCUGAUUUUUGGCUUGGUGGAACAGGUGGAGAAGCUGGAAAAACAUGUCAAAGAGGGUGCCCUUGUGAGUGCUGGUACUUUGCCCCUUGGUAGCCCUGAGAAGAAUACUCUGAAAAGCCAAUCCCUCUUUUCUCCAGAACUAAGUCCCCUCAAAGGCCAGGGUGGAGCCAGCACAGGGCAAGCAGCAAGUAAAAAGAGGAUGCCUGGAGAGUCCCUCAUUAAUCCUGGAUUCAAGAGUAAAAAGACACCUACUGGGGUAGAUUUUGAAGAGGUCUGAGAACACCUUACAUCAGCCAAGACAAAUUUGCAAGGCCUCUUCACAGAUGUUUUAACAAGAUCUUUUUAACAUACAUGCAUGCAUUUGCUCCUUUUAAACCUGAUGAAUUCCCGGCUUCCAGCCUACCUUAUAUUCAGAACAGCAGCAAAACCUCCUGUAACACCACCCAAUCAAUGGAUUUUGAGGGAGAAGAGAACAAAGUAAGGUUGACUUCUCACCAGCCAGAGAUUGUGAACUGAAUAUGUGCAUAAAAGGUGACUGGCAAGGUCAGCAAUGGCCAACACCCUCAGCUCGACGAAGGGCCUCCUCUCUACCCAGGGACACUGAUUUGAUUUCCCAGUGGGUGAAGUGCCUGGAAGCUGCAUGAGAAACAAAGCCCAAGAGACUCUCCCUCUGCUGCUUCUGCCAAGCGCCCCUCUCCACUGGAUCAGAGGAUGAACAGCAUUGCAGGGAUUCUUACUUGCUUUUGCUAAAGCUGCACUGGAGAGGAACUUGGGGAAGAGGAGGCUCCUCCUGUGCUGAAAGGCUUGCAAAAAAAUUGCAGCUGGCUCUGGGGAGGAGCCCCUCAAAUGAAUUUGUUUUUUAAUGUCCUUCAGCAGCCUUUUAAAAUGAAGUAUGCCUAUAAGUUACUUGAAUAAAGCAUCUCAUGAACACA